UUAUUUAAACUAAAUUUACAUAUUAGAUUGUGAUUCUGACUUCAAGACAGAGAAUAUAAAGCAUCAAGUGGAAGAGUUAGGAAGCUGUAGCAGAGACCCAGGAUGCUGGCUGGACCAGCAGUCUCCUUGGGCACAGUGAAAAGAGUCAGAUUACAGAUCUGAUUAAGAGCCAGUGUGAGGGCUGGAGAGAUGGCUCAGAGGAUAAAGCAGUUGCUCUGCAAGCAUGAGGACAUGUGCUCUGACCCACAGCAUCCUCACAAAUCCCUGCUGGGCGUGGCUAAGGCUUGUAAUCCCAGAGCUCAGGAGUGGGAAGCAGGGAGUACCCCCAGCUGGGUGACUAGCUAGACUAGACAAAUCCAUAAGCUCUCAGGCCAAAAACAUGCACACACAUGUGACUCCACAUACACACAAACAUGCACACACAGCACACACACACAGACAGAAAAUAAAAAAUGAAUAAAGUGUUAAUGGGAAUCACAGACCAGAUUUGAGGUUUAGGAGAGUCCGGGAGUGAGAAAUGACCCAGGGUUAGGAGCCUGAGAGCCACUUCCUGAAAUGAAGAGCCUGUGGGCCGGGCAGCCUACAGGGAGGAGAGAGACUGCAGAGAUCCACAAAUCUGGGAGAUCCGGGAGCUACUGCUGAACUCCUGGAACCUGUGGCAAACCUGGGAGGCCCCACUUUAGUAGAUGAGGGAAGUGAGGCUCAGACAUGAGUUCUGACUCAGGAGGCAGAGGUCUCUGCAAGAAUGGAGGAAGCGCUCAAGCCUGACUCCUCCCUCAGCUCAGACACCAGCACAGACUUCACAACAGGAAACUAACUGCAUAAUGUUGGACCUCAACCCCCAGGAUUCAGAGAAAGAACUUCUGCGCAGACUCUGAUGCCUGGCUUCCUGGAGGAGCCAGAGUCUCUUUCACUUUCACAGAAUAGUAUUUCUAGCUGAGGAGCCUUGGCCAGGGACACACAUCAGUGAACCCCGAGGAAGAGCAGGAGCUCAAGCCCCUACACCUGGACACACAGCCUCCAACCCCAGGAGAGACCAGAGUCCUUCAUGUGUUCUGAUCACAGGACAAUCUGUCCCUAUAGAUGCUGCUCUGCCCUUUCUUUAUUUCCAGCUCUCCUCCAUCAAUCCUGAUCAAACACCCUUUACCAAAGCAGAAACAGCUGUCAGAGACAAGAAAGCCCUGGCCUCCUGUUUGGAGCAACAACAGAAGGGAGAAGUAGGACCAGUGUGAGCUGCACAGCCAAGCAUCAUCUGAGGUGGUAGAGCCAUGUCACCAUGGAAGAAGCUCAGUCCAAGAAGGUGGGUGGCACUGAGGAGACUCAGCAUAAGGGUCAACAGGCCUUGGACCCCACUGAUGACAAUUGGGAGCUGCAGAGGAUCAAAAUUGGGGCAGCGAAGGACUUGAUACUAAGAUAUACGAGACCCUACAUGGAUCCCUUUAUUGACGAAUACACCUCAACAAUACUGAGGUCAGGCCAUGAAGAUUGGAGAUCAAUGACAAUAUCAGACAGGUAUCACAUUGAAAUAAGAGAGAAUCUUUACCACACUGAGUCCUGGAAGACAAAGGAUUUGCUCCAAAAUUUCACAAAGCUACUACUUCUGCAAAAAUCCUAUCCAAGAAGGUGGGAGACCUUGGUCAGGAAAAGCUGGCAUAAAAGUAAAGGAGAGGAGAGAGGGCAUCUGAUUGAAAUCCAAGACUUAUUUCACCCAAUUCCAGACACCCAGGAAGAGCCUCAGCUAGUCAUAUUAGAGGGAGCUGCUGGGAUUGGGAAGUCCAUGUUGGCCAGGCAGGUGAGGAGAGCAUGGGGGGAAGGCCAGCUCUACAGGGAUCACUUCCAGCAUGUCUUCUACCUCAGCUGCAGAGAGCUGGCCCAGUGCAAGCAGCUGAGUCUGGCUGAACUCAUAGCCAAAGACCAGGCUGUGCCCUCAGCUCCCAUCAGGCAGAUCCUGUCCCACCCUGAGAAGCUGCUCUUCAUCCUGGAUGGCAUAGAUGAGCCAGCGUGGGUCUUGGAGAUGCAGAAUCCUGAGCUCUGUCUGCACUGGAGCCAGCCACAGCCAGUGCCUAUGCUGCUGGGCAGUUUGCUGGGAAAAUCCAUUCUGCCUGGUGCUUCCUUGCUGCUCACAGCUCGGAUCACAGAUCUAAGGAAGUUCAUUCCUUCUUUGAGGCAGCCACGUUGGGUGGAAGUCCUGGGUUUCUCUAAGUCUGGACGGAAGAAAUAUAUCUACAAAUAUUUCACAAAGAAAAGAGAGGCAAUUGCAGCUGUUAGCUUGGUUAAAUCAAACCCAGUGCUCUCAACACUGUGCAUGAUUCCCUGGGUGUCCUGGCUGGUCUGCACUUGCCUGAAGCAGCAGAUGGAGCAAGGGGGAGACCUCUCACUGACCUCACAGACCACCACAACCCUCUGCCUAGAAUACCUUUCCCAGACUCUUCAAGGUCGUGCCCUAGGAACCCGUCUUAGAGAGCUGUGCUCACUGGCUGCUGAGGGGAUCUGGAGAAGAAGGACCCUGUUCAGGGAAAUAGAUCUUCAGAUCCGAGGGUUAACUAAGGAUGUCAUUGCCUCUUUCCUGGUGAUGGGUAUCCUGCAAAAGCAUCCUCGGUCUCGGAGUUACAGCUUUGCCCACUUGUGUCUCCAGGAGUUCUUUGCAACCAUGUCCUACAUUUUGCGUUAUGAGAGAAGUGGUUAUGUGGGAAAUAUUGUAGGACGACUGAAGGAAUUAUAUGGAAGACAUGACUUGUGCGAGGCACCUACCAUGGUCUUUCUAUUUGGUCUUUUGAGUAAACAGGGAAUUAGAGAAAUAGAGAAGAUCUUUACCUGCAAGUUGAGUUGGGAAGCAAAGUUGUACCUGCGGUGGCACAUCCUAGAGGAAACCCUUUGCCAUCAACCAUAUUCUCUGCGUUUACUCCAUUGUCUGUAUGAGAUCCAGGAUAAGGAGGUCCUGACAGAAGUGAUGCACAAUUAUGAAGGAGCAAAUGUGCAUGUCCCAGUGGAUAUGGGACACCCAGUGUUCCAGACAAAUGUGAAGCACCUGGUGGUCCAGACAGACGUGGACCUCAUGGUGGUCACUUUCUGCAUUAAGUUCUGCCUCCAUGUGAAGAGGCUUCAGAUGAAUGGUUGCGAACAGCAGGGACCAAUGCUGACGGCCCCCACGAUGGUUCUGUCCAGGUGGACCCCAAUCACUAAUGCCAGUUGGCAGGUUCUCUUUUCCACUCUUGAGUUCACAGGAAGCCUGGAGGAGCUGGACCUAAGUGGAAACCUACUGAGCUGCUUUGCACUGCGGAAUCUCUGUAGGACCCUGAGAUACCCUGGAUGCCAUGUAAAGACACUGUGGCUUGUCAACUGUGGCCUCACAUCCAGACACUGUGAGGACCUGACCUCAGUGCUCAAGGCCAGCUCCAGCCUGACUGAGCUCGACCUGCAGCUAAAUGACCUGGGUGACCGUGGGGUGAAGCUGCUGUGUGAGGGGCUCAGGAAUCCUGCCUGUAAACUCACAAUCCUGAGGCUGGACCAGGCUCCUCUCAGUGACCAGGUGAUAAUGGAGCUCAGGACCCUGGAGACAGAGAAUCCACAGCUGCUCAUCUCCAGCAUAUGGAAGCCCCAUGUGAUGGUCCCUACUAAGAACCCAGAUGGAGAAGAAAUGGGUGAUAGCCUGACUUCAUUCAAGCAUCAGAGACUACAGUCAGGUAUUCAUCUGGCUGAAGUCUAUGGUGUCCCCAGCCCUGCACUGGGUCUGCACCCAGCAGAUGAGCAGAGCUGGUGUUCACUGGUGUCUGCCUCUUCCUCUUCUAGAGUUCAAUUCCCAGUGCCUGGUUCCUACCACUGUCCCAGCAUAGGACUCUGCUUUGUGGUGACAAGGGCAGUGACAAUCGAGAUUGAAUUCUGUGCCUGGACCCAAUACCUGGACCAGACUCACUUUCGACACAGGCACAUGGUGGCUGGGCCUCUGUUUGACAUCAAGGCUGAGCAGGGAGCUGUGGCUGCUGUGUACCUUCCUCAUUUUGUGGCUCUCCAAGAGGGACAAGUGGACAUCUCUUUGUUCUGUGUGGCUCACUUUCAAGAACAUGGUAUGGUCCUAGAAACUCCAGCCAGGGUGGAGCAGCAUUUCGCAGUACUGAAAAACCCAAGCUUCUCCCCAAUGGGAGUUCUAGUGAGAAUGAUCCCUGCUAUCCGACACUUUGUUCCCAUCACUUCCAUCACACUGAUCUACUAUCACCUCAAUCUCAAGGACGUCACCCUUCAUCUCUACCUGAUCCCCAAUGACUGCACCAUUCGGAAGGCCAUUGAUGAUGAAGAAAUGAAGUUCCAAUUCAUGCGAAUAAAUAAGCCACCCCCACAAGACUCAUUUUACAUUGGCUCACGCUACAUCAUUUCUGGUUCUGAGAAACUGGAAAUCAUGCCAACGGAACUGGUAUUAUGCUACAGGAGCCCCAGGGAAUCCCAGCUCUUCUCUGAAAUCUACGUUGGCCAUAUGGAUUCAAGGAUUAAGCUGCAAAUCUUAGACAAGAAGCAUAAGAAUCUCAUAUGGGAAGCCUUGCUGAAACCAGGAGACCUCAGACCUGCACCACUCAUGAUCCCUGCAGCCCAGAAAGAUGCUCCUGCCUCACUACACUUCCUGGACCAGUAUCGGGAGCAGCUGGUGACUCGAGUGACAUCUGUGGACCCUCUCUUGGACAAGCUGCAUAGUCUGGUGCUGAGUGAACAGGAGUAUGAGGCAGUGCGGGCUGAAGCCACCACCCAAGACAAGAUGAGGAAGCUCUUGAGCCACAGCCGGUCCUGGACCAGGGCCUGCAAAGACCAAGUCUACCGAGCUCUGAACGAGACCCAUCCUCACCUGAUCAUGGACCUCGUUGACAAGUAGCACAGGGUCUCUGUGUGAUCCUGACAUCUGAGGGCUGAGCACUCUCCUUUGAGUCCUGGCUCUGCUUGAGCUUCUCUUGGCUCUAAGUUUCUCCAUCUAUAAGCCAGUAGCCAUCUGAAUUGCCUUUAUGAUGGCAGUUUCCAGGACAACUUGGGAACCCAGAUGUUCCCUGUUAUCCUUCCCCAGCCAGAUGUUCAUGUGGGGUGAGCAUCUCAGGAAACAUUUGGUGGAGGCAGCAAAUCUAUUCAGGCCUUGUCCAAACUGCUCUUAUGGCCUGAGUGGCCAACCUCAAGCCCACCUGACCCUCGAUGAUACAAGCAGGACUGGGGAGCAUGGGAAUGGAGACAAUGGGAGGAUACUUUCCCUGGAAAGCAAAUGUCUUAUGAACAGGAAAGGAAAGGGGCUUCUCAAACUUUUUCUACCUUCAAUUCCUUUUCCCAAAUAAUUUUUACAUAAAUCUAGUUAUGUAGAUAUAUGUGAACAUAAAUCAAAUAAUUCUACUGAAUAUAAAUCAAAACAACUGUUGUAAUAUAAUUUAGCAUUUGUUAAAGAUGACAGCAAAUUUGAAAACUGAUGAGAUGGAUUAUUUGUUUAUUUUUUGCAUGAGGCAUUAAAUAUUGGUUGAAUAUUUGAUGCUG